AUGAAUGUCGAUAAUUAUGGAUGGGAAAGCAGCUUAUCAAUGGUGGCGAACGAGCAGACUAGGACCGCCCGUCCACGUCACGGUGGUACGAUUCCGAUUCUGUUGAGACCGGUUUUUAUGAAUGCGGUGGAAGUAGGAUAUUCAUACGCCCACUGCGACCGUGACAAGAAGCUCAACGUACGCGGUGUCACCAUCGCCCUCUGGCACUUCAUCUGUCGUGGUCAUCAAGCCAUCGCUCUCCUACCGUACUGCUUCAAAAACUAUGCCGAAAAGUCAUCAAGAUACUCGGAGCUCAUGAUGCUCUACCGUUUGAAUCUCAUCGAGUUCACGCCGGGAUUCGGAAGUGAAAAAUAUGCGGAAGUCAAUCGAAUCAUGGUCAACAGAGCUUAUGAGACGGGCGGUUGUUUGGUGGCGAGAUCUCAGAUGCAGGGGAUUACGGAUAACAAGACGAAUCUGGUGGAUGUUGUGGAGCAGAGACUUCUGAUGCCAACAUUCAAUGGUGAUGAUAUCAUGUUCCCGAUCGACGGUCCACUCGGAAGAAACGGUCCAUCUCUGGAACAAACUCUCCAAUGCGAACAGGGAUCUCCCGAUUGGAGACUCUGCUCGGAACAUCAACUUCUCCUUUCGGAUCAACGUCAUUGGUUGGAGAAGUUGGCUCUUUUGGUACCGGAGAAAGUCGGAUGGACCCGGAUGGUUCAGAUUAUGCAGGCAGGUGGCGGAGCGACGGAGGAUAGGAAUGAGAUGGAGAAUGAACCACCAAUGAUUCCAUCCCCACCACUGGAGAAUCCAUUCCAACGGCCAACUCUGAAACAUGCUCAACCAUUGAUGCUCAUGAAUCACGAGAACACUCCAAUGGCUCAUCAUAAUGCUGGUCCUCCAACUCAAGAUCAAUAUCAUCACAAUCAUCAUUUUCCGACUCACCAUCUUCCGAACCCUCAUCAAUUCUAUCAACAUCGUCGUCGUUUCUCUGCUGGUGGAGGGCCUCAACACUAUCAUAUGACUCACGUCAAUCCACAUCAUCCUCAUAACAUCGGAGGAGGAGGAAUGGGAGCAGGCAGACCGUCGUUGAAUCGUGCGAGAAUGACUGAGCAGGAGAUGAAACACGAACGUCGUCGUGUUCUGAAGCACUCGGCCGCCACAGAUUCGGUGGUUUCGACGGAUAGCACACAGUCCGGGGAGCAGGAGAGCCCAACGCCGUCGAUCGAUGCGAGUCAAGGAGAGUUCCCGGCUCGUCAAGAUAUUGAAAAUUUGGAGAAUGAAGAGGUGGAGCAGAAGAGAAAGGAUGAGAUUCUGGCACAGUUGUCGCAGAUUUUUGGGUACUCUAAGUCAAUUCGUGUCAUGUCCAAAUUUCCAUCGAUCCACGAAUUCCCCCUUCUCGUUGAGAAGUGUAUCCAUGAACCAGAUCAAGAUGGUGACCACCAAGAAUUCCACGACACCCUUGCUCAUCCAACCUCAUCUGGAGACAACCAAGAAGAUGUCCUUGUGACUGAAGCAGCCAGUGAAGUUAUUGCGGAAGUGGAUGAUCUGAUUGAUUUCUCGGAUGAACCAUUGCCUGUAUUGAACUCAUCAACUGACCAAGACAAUGGGGAAAUUAACUCGAAUGACGCAAUGCAACAAAUUAUUGAUUUGAUGUUUUGA